AAAAAAUAAUGUGUGUAUCUGUUUCAUUAAAUUAAAAUCGUGGGCUUUGUCUUUCUUUCAAAAUUUUGUAUUGUGACCGCCAACAUCUCCAGUAAAAAUUUUCACGAGUAAUAUGUAUUGUGAAAACUGUAGGACUAUGAUUGGUUCAACUCUUCAAACCUUCAAAGGUUAUCUGUGUGGAAAUGGACAUUUGAUUUGUUCUGGCUGCUUCAGCAAAUCUACCGGACAAUGUGCGUUGUGUGGAGAUCAAAAUAUGCGUCUUGUAUCGAACUGUUCAAUACAUUCAUUACUAAUAUCUAAUCCGCCAUUGAUUCCAUUCUCUGCUAGCACUGCUAGCAAUAGAGCCACUGCUUCAUAUCGAGAUAUAUCAGCAAAUACGGUUGCUAUGACGACGACUAACAAUAAAAUUAAUCCAAAUUUUUUUAAAAUAUUGCAAAAUCAGGGUGUUCAGAUGGCAGCAACGAAUGCCAAUGUGUUGAAUCCAAAUCCAACGAUAGUACAUUCAGGGAUUUCUGAAGCAAUGAGGUCACAAAUGGUAAAUUUACAAAAAAAUAUUCGUAAUAAUGCAGCAAAGAUUAUAAAACUUUGCGAAACCAGUACAUCAUCUGCGCAUAUGCAAGUCACAAAUAGAUUAAGUAACACAACUGCACAAGUAAUAACAACUCCAAGUGCUCCACCAAUGGAAACCCUUCCUGAUAAUUCGAUUGAGAUUCAAAUUAAGAAUUGCAUUAAUUUGAUUGAUUAUGUUUUGCGGUCACAAUUUAUUUAUUGUGGUGCAGCUCCUUCAAAUCAGCCUAAAAUUCAGGAAGUAAUUCCAAAGAAAAUAUGUUCAACUGAUGCUGUUGCUAUUAAUGAUCCAAAGAUACCAGCAACAAACGUGGUGGAUAAUAGCAAUAUCAGUUUAAGUUCAAAAGACAAAAACGUUACUUCGGAUCCAUCGUACAGUCGUUUAUUAUUAAAAACUGAACAGUUGGAGUUGAGUAAUCAGAUGCUGUCUGAUAAAAUUACUCAACUGACUGAAGCAAUUAAAUUAUCAAAUCAUGACAACACUGUACCUAAACAACCGGAAACACCAAUAACAGUUGAUAAGAAGUCAACAUCAACUUUUAGUUUAACCUCCCAAGAACCUCAGGUAAUAUACUCUCCACCAGAGCAAUCCGUAACUAAUCAAAAAGCCAAUGCAGUAGUAGAUAUACAUAUCCCUGGUCAAGAUACGAAAAGUGCAGUUACCUCUGAUAAAAUGCCAGAUGAAAAAGAAAAAAGCAUCCAAAAACUUAUUCAAAACUCAAAUAAAGAAACUGAAAAUUCUACCAUGAAAAUAAGUGAAAAUCCAUCAAAUUUACAUUUUAACGAUAUAGGAUAUACCAAGCAUUUUGUUGAUUGCUUAUUGAUGAGAAAUCGAAUUCUCGAGUUAGAAAAUGAUGCUUUGCUAGCUAAAGUAGCGAAAAAAUCCACUAUAGUAUUUCCCUCAAUUAAUCAAAUUGUUACUAACAAUGAAAGUAUGAAAUCUGAUUCCAUUAAUUCAUUUCCUGAACCCAUCAUUCUAUCUGUAAGUCCAACAACGAUGGUAACAGCCAAGCCCACAGCUGAACCCGAAUUAAAAGAAGCAAAAAUAACUGCCGUGGACAAUAAAGUCGAUAGUGUGCAGAAAAUUGAUAAAAUCGAAGAAGCAUUGUCAGAUAAUGUAACAUUGUUGUUUAUGACGAGUAGAACGGAAACCAAAUCUGACGUCUGUAUGGAAAAUAUAAAACUCAGCACAAAUUACGAUACUAGUUCCACCGAGAGUUCUAUUGUGAUACCUGAGUAUGAAGCUUGUAAUGUUAGUGACAGUCUAAAUAAUUAUUUAGAAAAUGCAAGUUCUGUACUUCAAGAUAAAAUUUGUUACAGAGCAGAGUGUAAUAAUUUUAAGUUCAGGGAACAACGAUCCAUUAGUGUUUCCACAGACUCGGCUCCAAGUUUAAAUGUGGGAGAAGAACAAAUAAUAAAUCAAAGAAAAAUUCUGGUCUUGCAUGAAUUAACUGAAGAGCACUGCAUUUCAACAAAGUCCGAGAAAUGUGCAGAGGAGAUUAUGGAUAAACGUAUGGGAGCAAUAUUAAAAACAAUGAAUGAAGACGUUGUAGAUGAUGAAAUAAUUAAAGAGUCACACAGACCUAAUGAAAUAACUGUUAUUAAAAAGCCAAUGUUCCAAAUGACAACGGUUAGGACAGAUAUGGAAGAAACAAAGCGAACUGAUGAAGAAAUAAUAAAAAUCGAAGCUAAGCAUCUUUUCGAUAGAUAUUCAAAAGUUAUUGAGGAAUUAAAUAUAAGACAGCAAAAAUUGACAUGUCACAUUCGUCAUGAUGUUGAAAAUAAUUGUGAUCAUAAGAAUAUAGCUAAACUAGUAUCCCGUGCAGUAAGGGCUUAUUAUAAUCCUUCUGCGGGUCCGUUUGUUAGAUUCAUGAAUAGUGAUCUCAUUGAUCAAACUCCUGCAGCAUGGCAAUUUAGAAUUAUAAGUCAUCCAUCCAAUGAUCCUGCCACUCUUUCUAGAUUAGUAAAAGAACGUGUUAUGCCAAAUAAUAUGUCUUCCUACGAAAUGAACUUAUGGCGUAGCCCGAUUUCUUGUCCAGAUACUGAUUGCAUAUACAAGACAUUUUUAUCCGAUUUUACAAAGCAUUUGCUAGUAGAUCAUAAUCACCUACCAAUGGAACGUGUGUAUCCAAGAAAUGUUAAAAAUUUCUUUAUUGAUGUACGUGUUGCUUUCGUUGAUGUUCCUAAAGUUCGAAUGCUCUUUCUUUUGCAGGAAAGAAUUACUGAAUUAGGACAUAAUACAUAUAACGAUUCUUUACCUCUGCUAAUAAUGACCUCAGUUCUUCGUUUAAGUGAUAUAAUGCAGUCAGAAGAAAUAAAACAAAAUAGCGAUCUGAAAUUUCUUCUCAUUUGGGUGUCUGGCCUAGAAACUGGUAAAUAUCCAACUAAUAUGACUUUAGUAGCCUGGAAAAAUACUGGAAGAUAUCCUGAAUAUCAAGUCGUUAUAACAGGAUCAAUUUUGCCAAUUACUAAAGUAUUGACUCCACUACAGGUGCUCGAAACUGGAAAUUGUCUGUUAUUAACACCUCGACAACAAAAGAUAUUAACGGCAAAAAAUCUGCUUCAUCUCCAGUUAUUUAUUCACUAGGAAAUCAUUAAAAAAUAUUACCAUUAAUUUCAACCUUAAACUAGAUACGAUAGAAACUGCUGCAAUAAAGGUAAUAACAUCGGUAAUGAAUUUUGUCGGUCUAAUGAAAAGUGUUCAAGAAGCGGUGAUAUGAUUAUUUAUCCACUUAAAAAUAUCGGUGAGGAAACUUUGACCAUAAUGAUUAACACUGCUUUAAUAUAUACAUCAAUAAUUUUAAAUCCUUAAGGGAUGAAGUAAAAGUACAUAAAACUGAAAGUAAAAUGCUUAUUUCAAAAUUUUUCGGUCGUUACUGAAUAAUAAAAUAAU